GCUCCGCGACAGGGAAGGAGCCGGAAGUCCGGCGGGCUCCGGGCGUCGAGAUGGAGGAGGGCGAGUACGAGUCAGUGCUCUGUGUCAAGCCGGAGGUCCACGUCUACCGCAUCCCACCGCGAGCCACCAAUCGUGGUUACAGGGCCGCGGAGUGGCAGCUGGACCAGCCAUCAUGGAGUGGCCGGCUGCGGAUCACUGCAAAAGGGCAGGUGGCCUACAUCAAGCUGGAGGACAGGACCUCAGGGGACCUCUUCGCUCAGGCGCCGGUGGAGCAGUUUCCGGGCACAGCCGUGGAGAGCGUGACGGACUCCAGCAGGUACUUCGUCAUCCGCAUCGAAGAUGGAAACGGGCGCCGGGCCUUUAUCGGAAUCGGCUUCGGGGACCGCGGCGACGCCUUUGACUUCAACGUUGCGUUGCAGGACCAUUUCAAGUGGGUGAGACAGCAGUGUGAGUUUGCGAAACAAGCCCAGAACCCCGACCUGGGCCCCAAGUUGGACCUCGGCUUCAAAGAGGGCCAGACCAUCAAGCUCAGCAUCGCGAACAUGAAGAAGAAGGAAGGAGCAGCCGGGACUCCCCGAGCCCGGCCCGCCAGCACCGGGGGCCUGAGCCUGCUUCCCCCGCCCCCAGGGGGGAAAGCCUCCACCCUGAUCCCUCCCCCCGGCGAGCAGCUGUCUGCGGGGGGGUCCCUCGGCCAGACCGCAGUUGCUCCCGGUUCAGUAGGAGGUGCCACCGUGUCCUGGCCGCAACCCAAGCCUGCCACUCCUGCCAUCGCCGACAUCUGGGGAGACUUCACCAAAUCCACAGGGUCGACUUCCAGCCAGACUCAACCAGGCACAGGCUGGGUCCAGUUCUGAUCUGAGCGCACCUCUUUUUCCUCGUACAAGUUCUGGGGAGGAGCCGCCUCACCGGAGCCAAAGGGAGGAGGCCGGAGCGCUCGGCGGCCAGCCUCUGGAGCAUGACUCUCUCCUCCUCGCCUGACUUCCUUGACACACCGGCGUGUUGGGCAGUGAGUUGGCACCAUGUCACACUGCCUCCUGGGAUGCGGGUGUGCGACCAGAACACAGGCAGAGACAGACUCCAGCAGCCCUGUCUCUGUUCUCUUGACGUGAGAGACUCCGAGACUGCCGCCUCCAUCCCCGUGACCCAUAUUAAACACGAGCCCCCAAAGCAAAAGAGGGGUUGAGUGUGCUGCCUGGACUCAGAUGGGCCCUUCUCAGUGGUCACACGCGUCACAUGAUCAGCGUCCAGAAGGAAGGUUUUGUGAAUGCCCGUUGGCUGGAGCCGCGUCAUUCAAGGUGCCUUCACGGGGUGGGGGGAGGUCCUUCCUGAUUGCUGGCAGGUUUACAGGCUGCAGCCUGAACAGAUAGUCAGGAGGGGGACCAGGAGUAUUAACCAGCUUUUUAAACCUUUUUUUAAUAUUCGCUUUGCUAACAUGCUGAUCUGCACUAACUCGUCCUUGUUAAAGGGGCGGCCCCCGCAAGACACCCCGGCUGGGGCCCCCGAAGGCAUUCCAUGGAGCUGAGCCUCGGGAAGCAGUGUUCAUCCUGGCCGUGUGGCCUGGUGGCCGUGUGGCCUGGAGGCCGGGUGGCCCGGGCCAGCUCGGCCGUGCGGGGCUGAGGCAGGCUCGGCUGGCGGCCAGGCGGGAGAGUGUUCGAGCUGGAGAGUUGGAACUGUUGUCGCGAAGGUGGGGGGCCGGCCUCCCUGGCGCCGCCAGCUCCCCCUGAGCGGUUUCCGAAAGGCCUUGUCUGCAGGCAGACUGUACAUGGCAGACAGGCGGGGUUCUGCGUGAACUGGAAGUCUAGGUAACCGCCUAAAGUAACCGGUUUGUAAGACGUAAUUUUCCCUGCGCACACUUCUAAAUUUGCUUUUAUUGACAUAGUUUACCUCUUAAUUGAAAGAUCUAUUCUUUGAAGGGUCAAGAUGAUGAAAUGAAAAAAAAAAAGUGUUGGCCUUUUCGUGGGACCAGAUUCCUGAGAUAAAUAAAUAUUUUUACUUCUGUCAACGUA